UACUUCCUCUUAUAUAAACACAUUACACACAACAUAAACAUUAGGGUUUCAUCUAUUCUACAUCUCCCGCCUCUCCUGCUCAUUCGUCUCCACUCUCAAAGGCUCAUUCUAUUGAAGUAUUUGCAGAAGCUCAAUAUCUUCAUUUAACAUUGCAAGUCUUCUACUAAAUAUAUUAUGGCUCCAAAGUCGAGUAUUCGACUUAUUUCCUACUCCGAAGAGCUUAUAGAUGGAAGGCCUCUUUAUGUUUCCUCGAAUUGCCUUCCAGUCAAGGCCCUUUACUAUGAACCUGCUGGGCAUUCUUACCAUUUAGCUGCUCAAAAGCUCCUUGGGUUUUUUGAGAAAAAAGAUGUGGAAGGUGACAACCAGGAUGUGCCUAAUGACAAGGUUAAUGAAUCCAUUCACUCAUCAGGUUCAUAUAGUAGCAGCAAAGGUAAAAAAAAAUCUGGUUCUGGAGGGGACCAACAAGAUCAUUAUGCACUACUAGGUUUAAGCCAUCUGAGGUAUCUUGCUACUGAGGAUCAGAUUAAGAAGAGCUACCGUGAGACUGCAUUAAAAUAUCAUCCUGACAAGCAGGCUGCUCUUAUUCUUUCUGAGGUAACUGAAGCUGCAAAACAAGCUAAAAAAGAUGAAAUUGAGAACCACUUCAAGUCAAUACAGGAAGCUUAUGAGGCAUUGAUUGACCCUGUUAAAAGAAGAAUUUAUGACUCAACAGAUGAAUUUGAUGAUGAAAUUCCUACUGACUGUGCCCCACAAGACUUUUUUAAGGUUUAUGGACCAGCUUUUAUGAGGAAUGGGCGCUGGUCUGUUAAUCAACCUGUCCCUCCCUUGGGAGAUGAUAGUAGUUCACUAAAGGAGGUGGAUGACUUCUAUAAUUUUUGGUAUGCUUUCAAAAGUUGGAGGGAGUUUCCACAUGCAGAUGAGUUUGAUCUUGAGCAAGCUGAAUCUCGUGAUCAUAAAAGGUGGAUGGAGAGGCAGAAUGCUAAGCUUUCAGAGAAGGCUAGAAAGGAGGAAUAUGCACGGGUACGUAUACUUGUUGACAAUGCCUAUAAAAGGGACCCAAGAAUUGUGAGGAGGAAGGAACAAGAGAAAGCUGAAAAGCAGAGGAGAAAAGAGGCCAAGUAUUUGGCAAAAAAAAUGCAGGAAGAAGAAGCUGCUAGAAUUGUUGAAGAGGAGAAACGUAAAAAGGAGGAGGAACAAAAACGAGCUGCUGAAGUGGCUUUGCAGCAGAAGAAGCUCAAAGAGAAAGAAAAGAAGCUACUUCGCAAAGAAAAAGCUCGUCUCAGAACUCUUUCAGGCUCUGUUUUGUCCCAGCAUUUGUUAGACCUUUGUGAAGAUGAUGUGGAAAAACUGUGCACGUCACUUGACAUCGAGCAGCUGAAAAUUUUAUGCAACAACAUUGAGGGAGAAGAAGGGCUAGGUCGAGCAGAACUUAUUCGAGAAGCACUUGCAUGUAAUAAUGGUGAGAAGCAAGAUGGGAUGAAGCAGCCUAUGCAAAACGGCCAUGCGACUAAAGUUGCUUCAAAAAUACCCCUUGGCAACUAUGAAAAAAAAGAGAAACCAUGGAGCAAAGAAGAAAUUGAGCUGUUACGGAAAGGGAUGCAGAAAUUUCCUAAAGGAACUUCGCGGAGGUGGGAGGUUGUGUCAGAUUACAUUGGCACAGAGAGAUCUGUUGAGGAGAUUCUAAAAGCAACUAAAACAGUUCUUCUCCAGAAACCUGAUUCAUCCAAAGCAUUUGACUCUUUUCUCGAGAAAAGAAAGCCAGCAGUGUCUAUUGCAUCCCCUCUUACAACUAGAGAGGAAGUAGUGGGUGAAUCUCUUACUAAUGGAGUCAAAGAAACUGCUGUCAAGACUGAAGACCUGAAGGAAUCGUCUAGUAAGCCGGAGAGUCCCCAGAAGUCAGAUGAUGUGGAUGCUGCAAGUUCAGACCAGGAUGUUUGGUCUGCUGUUCAAGAGAGGGCACUGGUGCAAGCUCUGAAAACAUUUCCCAAGGAAACUACCCAGCGUUGGGAGCGAGUGGCAACUGCAGUUCCAGGGAAAACUGUAAAUCAGUGCAAGAAAAAGUUUGCAUCACUCAAGGAAAGCUUUAGAAGCAAGAAAAGUGCAGUUUAGUUCAGACCGUUCCAAGCUCGUGGAUGAGACCUAUGGGGAUGACGCUUGCUUCAUUUUCUUUUUAUAUUCUGUUCAUCUCCUUUAAGAUGGAUAUAGGUAUACCUUUACAUAACUACCGUAUUUACCACCCCUGAUCAUUAUUUUGUGUUGGUAAUUUUUGGGAGUCUAGGUUUUUGAGGGGUUCAGAGCUGUUAAAACCAUUAUUAUACAGCAAGUACUUUUAUCUUUUGACUUCGAAUAUUAAGCCUUAUGCAUCAUGAUAUGAAUUCAAUCAAAAUUAUUUCUA